AUGACAGUAGCGGAUGAUGCAGCUAGGCACGGGAGGUUAGACGCGCUGAAAUGGAUAUACAAUCAUGGAAGGGGUUAUCUUACGGCGAAAACUAUGGAUAUCGCUGCUACCCAUGGCCAUCUAGAAGUAGUGAAAUGGCUACAUGCUCGCAAAAAUGUCUACAAAAAGGGCUGCACCCAGGAAGCCAUGAAUGGCGCUGCGAAGAAUGGCCACCUAGCGGUUGUAGAAUGGCUGCAUGAUAAUCGCACUGAAGGAUGCACCACAGCUGCAAUGGACGGUGCUGCGGUAAAUGGCCACCUCGACGUUGUCUGCUGGCUACAUGACUAUCGCACUCAAGGGUGUACGGGAAAUGCAAUCAAAUGGGCUGCGGGAAAUGGGCACUUGGAGGUGGUGGAAUGGCUGCUCAAAUGGCUGCACAGCAAAGGACACAAAUGUAACACCAAUGCAAUGGACGAUGCAGCCGCUAAUGGGCAUUUUGAGGUGGUCAAGUGGCUACACGAAAACGUGAAAAGAAGCUGGCUGGACGGUAAAUUGUGCACACAGAAAGCUUUUGUAUCUGCAGCCUACAAUGGACAUUUCGAAGUGAUGAAGUGGAUCAACGGUCAUUAUGGGUACCUUGAUCAGAAGCUGGUGGAGACAAUGGCGGAUGAAACAGCAAGUUGUGGAAGGUUGGACGCUCUGAAAUGGCUGAAUAAUAAUGGGUAUUACAUCACGCCGAGAGCUAUGGAUUCUGCUGCGACCAACGGGCAUUUGGACGUAGUAAAAUGGCUACAUGCUCGCAAAAAUGGCUGCACCAAGGCAGCAAUCGAUGGCGCUGCGAAAAAUGGUCAUCUAGCAGUGAUAGAAUGGCUACAUGACAACCUCGACGAAGGAUGCACCACAGAUGCAAUGGAUGGAGCAGCAUCCAAUGGCCAUCUCGACGUUGUCCGCUGGUUGCACAGCCAUUGCACUCAAGGUUGUACAGGAGAUGCCAUUAAAUGUGCUGCUGGUGGUGCGCUGGCUGUGCAAAGUCUACGCAAGUCAGUUUUCGAUUCCCGACCUCAUGGAUUCAGCAGCGUGUGCAGCUCGUAG